CUCAAACACCGGUUUGCAGUGCUCUCCACAAACGAGAACUGUCGACGCAUGCGCUGUUUCGUGUAAAUUUCAGCGUAUGUGACUCCAGUCUGAAGUGCCUGACCGGACAGUGCGUAAUUUUAUUUUUGACGGCUAGAGCUGUUUCUCCCAUCGCGCUCUUUCUAUUUCGCCUGCGUUUAAUUGCGCGCCCUGGCGUAGACGUCAGGAGCGCGCACGCUGAGACGGCGCUCCGUCAUAACUUUUCAGCCUUUACGUCAACGCUGCUGUCAGUAACCCGUGCUUUCCGGUGUUAUGGCCGCUUGCAGUGAAGGGGACAGUAAUGUGUGGUAAUGGUGAAUGAAGCGGUGGUUUUAGGCAGGGGUGUUUGGUAUGGCGGUGACACAGCUGCUUCGGCUUGUUACCUGUCGUUCGACAGCUCGUGCAACCCUUUGCGCGCAGAGGAAGUACAGCAAGGUGAAUGCAUCUCCAGCCUUAUCUGAACGACUGCAGAUCUUUGAGGCUCUCAGGGAAAAACGUGAAAAUGGGAAGCGUUUUGAAGCGACAGAAAUGCCCCUCCGUAUCCGGCUGGUUGACGGCCGGAUUGUUAAGGGAACAGCUGGUGUCACCACACCGCUCUAUGUUGCUCGGAGUGUGAGAUUGAAAGGAGCCCUGGUGAGUAAGGUGAAUGGGGAACUCUGGGAGCUUGGACGACCCCUAGAGGCAGACUGUGAACUACAACUUCUGGGGUUUGAUACAACUGAGGGAAAGCAGGCAGCCUGGAGAACAGGGGCAUGCAUCCUCGGUGGAGUCCUGGAGGGCAUGUUUGGUGCUGAGGUGUGCAGAGAAGGAACAUCAGAGUUCGGGCUUUUCUGUGAUUACCUGUUGGACAACAGUUCUUUGUCUCUGAGUGAUGUGGAGGCGAGGUGUAAGGAGGCGGCAGCACUCAAACUUCCUCUCUCUAGACUGGAGCUGAGCAUAGAAGAGGUCCAAGAGCUAUUCCAGAGCAGUAAGCUGAGGCCGCAGUUUGCUGAAGAGCAGAUGAAUGGCGCCACUGUCACAGUAUACAGGUGUGGAGACACUAUAGGUGUCUGCAAUGGCCCCCUCCUCCCACACACAGGCCUCCUCACAGUCUUCAAGAUGCUGCAGCUGUCCUCUGUGACCCUGGCCAAUCAGACAGAGUCCUCGGGUUUGACACGACUGUUAGGUGUGGCCUUUCCAGGUGCGAAAGAGAAGGAGGAGUGGGAGAGGGAGCAGGAGGAAGCGAGAAGGCGGGACCACAGACGUAUCGGGACGGACCAGGAGCUGUUCUUCUUCAAUGAAGUCAGUCCAGGAAGUUGUUUCUUUCUGCCUAAAGGAGCCCACAUCUACAACACACUCACGGACUUCAUUAAGUGCGAAUACCGAAGGCGAGGCUUCACUGAGGUCGUGACCCCAACACUGUACAGCACUGCGUUAUGGGAGCGCUCGGGCCACUGGGAGCACUACAGCGAGAACAUGUUCACUGUGAAAUCAGAGGGCUCUCAGACCUACGCUCUCAAACCCAUGAACUGUCCUGCACACUGCCUGAUGUUUGAGCAGCGCGUUCGCUCGUGGAGAGAGCUCCCUCUGCGAUGGGCCGACUUUGGGGCGCUGCAUCGUAACGAGCUCUCCGGCGCUCUGGGAGGUCUCACUCGCGUUCGCAGGUUCUGCCAGGAUGACGCCCACAUAUUUUGCACACCUGAACAGCUGGAAGAAGAGAUUGUGACUUGUUUGGACUUUGUGAGGAGCGUCUAUCAAGUGUUUGGGUUUUCCUUUCACUGCCUGCUGUCUACACGACCUACACCGUGCCUGGGGGAGCCUGAACAGUGGGACACCGCUGAGCAGCAGUUAGAGAGGAGUCUGCAGCAGUUUGGUGAACGCUGGGAAUUAAACCCAGGAGACGGAGCCUUCUACGGACCAAAGAUUGACAUCCAGAUCAAAGAUGCUAUUGGCAGACAGCACCAGUGUGCCACGAUCCAGCUGGACUUCCAGCUGCCAAUCAGAUUUGACCUUCAGUACGUCGGACGAGACGGACAGUUGCACAGACCAGUAAUGAUCCACAGAGCAGUGCUGGGAUCGCUGGAGAGGAUGAUCGCCAUACUGGCUGAAAACUUUGGAGGGAAAUGGCCUCUGUGGCUGUCUCCGGCUCAGGUCGCAGUUAUUCCUGUGGGGGGCAACAAUGAGUCGUACGGCAGGCAGGUGGUCCAGCAGUUCCAUGAAGCUGGCUUUAUGGCAGAUCUGAAUGACGAUGAGGGAGCCACCUUAAAUAAGAAGAUCCGCUCUGCUCAGCUCGCCCAGUAUAACUACAUAUUUGUGGUGGGCGAUAAGGAGCGUGAGAGCGGAACAGUGAACGUGAGGAGCAGAGGGGGUAAACAGCUGGGCAGGAGGCCGACAGAGGAGGUGCUGAUGUCCCUCACAAAGCUACGGGACACCAGAAGCAACCUCGAUGAGUUUUGAUGAUGUCCUGGAAAUAAUGACUCACUGAUGAAAUGUUUGUUUUACAUGUUCAGCCUGUUACACUUUGGCUUUGUCUGAAGAAGCGGCUGGUCAAAGUUGGAAUAAAAGUCUAUAAAACACUGA